AAGUUUCUGUGAUAGUUAGGUCUGUGAUACAUAUUAAUAGCAUAGACAACCUAAUUAAUCGUUUAAUUUGGUCUAAUUAAGGAAGAAAAAUGGAUAUAAGUGAACGUAUUAUUGAUAUCGAAGAAGGAGUGCAUGAUGAUGUGAAAUUAGAAGUUUUUGAACAAUUUAUAGACGAUGAAGGAGUUCAUGAUAGAGAAGAAUAUUUAUUUAAAAAUGAAGAGUGUAACACAAAUGCCUCUUUGAACAAAGAAAUGCUUAGAGUAUUAGAUCCACCAAGCAAUAAAUCUGAAUCGGUUCAUUUGAAGCAGUGUGAAAAUUUGGUUGAUUAUCCUGCAGGAGAAGAAGAGUAUCUUGAUAAAAGUAUACAAUAUGAUCAUACUUUCAGUUCUAAAGAUGACAAGAAACAGCAAGUUAAAUCAGGAGUUCAUGAUAAAAAAGAAGACAUAAUUAAAAAUAAAGAUAUUAACUCCUCAGUUUUAGAAGUCUAUGCAAACCAGUCACCUGCUUCUUUUAGCAAAGAAAUGCCUGGAGUAAUAGAUCCAGAGGGCAAUAAAUCUCUUCCUUUGAAUAUCGAGAAUUACAUGUUGGUCUCUUUCAAAGAAGAAAAGCCUCAAGUAUUAGAUCCUCUGAUGAAUGAUUCUGAAGUAACUCACUUGGAGCAGUAUGGUUGUGAUAACAGUCGUCCUCCAAGUGAAGAAGAUUACCUUGAAACUGGCAUACAGUGUAAUAAUGCUUCCAGUUCGAAAGAUCACAAUAAAAAAAAUGUAAAAUACAAACGUUCGAAUAUCAAGAAUCACAAGUGUCAUCUGUGUGAGUUUGUUACAAGUAGAAGAUGGGCCCUACAAAAGCACGUCGAGCAUAUUCAUCUAAAUUUAAGAAAAUAUGAGUGUCAUUUAUGUGAUGUUGCUGCAAGUGAAAAAUCAAAACUCAAUAAACACAUAAAAUCCGUUCAUCUGAAAAUCAAGGAACACAAGUGUCACCUUUGCGAAUAUGCAGCGCAUGCCAAAUAUGUCAUCAAAAAACAUAUCAAAAUGGUUCAUUUGAAAAUCAAAGACAACAAGUGUCAUCUAUGUGAGUAUGUUACGAACGACAAGAAAAGCCUUACAACACAUGUAAAAUGUGUUCAUUUGAAAAUUAAGGAUCAUAGGUGUCAUCUAUGUGAAUAUGCAGCAAGUGAAAAACAUAAACUAGACAGACAUGUUAAAUCUGUUCAUAUGAAAGUUAAGAAUCACAAGUGUCAUCUAUGUGGAUAUGGUGCAAGUAGAAAAUAUUCCCUGAAAAAUCACGUGAAAUCUGUUCAUUUUAACAUUAGAGAACACGAGUGUCAUAUGUGUGGCUUUGUAACAAGUAGAAAUGUGUACCUGCAAAAUCAUCUAAAAUCAGUUCAUUCUAGCAAGUGACUAUGGUAUAAAUAUUUUUCCGAGUGAAUUCCUCAACUGAAAAUUUGGGUUCCUUCAUGUAAACGGAAAAUUAGUGUUCUGUGAGAUUAAGAAGCUAAAAAGUCUGAAACUCUGUUGGUUACGAACAAAGCACUUCCGGUUAAAUAGAUUUAUUCAGAUGUACCUGGAUGGUUUUAUUUAUUUGGAUAAUACAACCAAGGGUCGGUGAAUUCAGCAAUCGUUAAGCCUAUUAGACAGUCCCUAAUCAUUCAGAAUCAUGGACUCAUCGGUAUAUCUUCAUUAAUUAGAUGAAAUGAUUAAUGAAUGAUUGAUUUGUUGAUUAAAUUCAACAAACAAAAUGGCAACGAACACUAUAUAGAGAGGAUGAAUAUACCAGCCCUUAGAAUCAAGACAGUUCUUCACUUUUAAUAUUGUUGCCUGUAUUAUAUGCAGUAAUAAUAUUGUUAAUUUGAUGUAAUAAAAUUCAUUUUCGAGUUUUUUUAUUA